AUGGCUCUAUCUUUUCUUCAAUCUGUGUUUCCACGCGUUUCCCUAUCCAAGGGAUGCCUUCCGAAGUUAGCUGCAGAGGAGCAUUCAAUUUUUAAACCUGAUUACUUUAACAAAUGGUAUCAUCCUCUUGAAGAAGUUACAAUUUCUAGGGAUGAUGAGCCUGCUAGACUCUCUCCUGCUCAAAUAGCAAGAACAACGUUAGAGGCUAAUAAAUACGCUCUGUUAGUAUUUCCUGGAGCUGUACACCGUCAACCACAUCACGACGUUUCAUGGGGAGAGUAUCGAUACCUCAUUGAUGAUUAUGGAGAUCCUGCAGCAGAAGAUAAUCUCGUGAAUGUUUUGAUUGGAAUGGAUAUGAGGACUGUCAGUGAAUUCGACGAUGAUAACCAGGUACAAGAAACAGGUAAUAUCCCGGAGAAUUGGGGAUUGUCAAGUAGUACAAGCUCAGUUCAUCCACUCUUUUUUUCAGAGUGCUUAACAAGGGCUGUCUACGUGGACCACGUUAAAAGAAUGAACCAUCCUUCCAAUGUUGUUUCUAUUAGAGGGAACCUUAGACGAGCUUUAGCUUUUGAAGAGGAUUUUCUGUGGAUUCAUGUUGAGGAUGGUGAUGACAGAGACACUAGUUUCACAUUCUAUCGGUAUGAUAUUAAGGAGGAGGAGUUUCUAUAUGCUGAACCUGAUAUUUUUGUAAAAACUUCGGCAAUUUUGGAGCGCUUCAACCCAAAGUGGAACGAUGCUUUUAAAGCUCUUUGCAAAAGGAAAGGUCUUGACGCUGAGGAAGCUUACUUGAUUGGGGUUGACAGCCUAGGCAUAGAUGUUAGAAUUCUUACAAGUGCAGAAGUAAAAACCCAUCGCUUUCCAUUCAAAGUCCAGGCCACAUUGAGUAUAUGA